AUGACAGGCCCCGGGCGAUCACCCUCUUCACCAUGGGUGCAGAGUGCACAGGGAUGUUCCCGCGACAGCAGGACCGUACAGCCCUUUCAUCCCGCCCUCUCUCCAUCCAACACGGGCUUGCAGUCCAGCGUUGAACGUCCCAGUCCCAACUACUUCGGUAUCGCGGUUGAUAACUCCGCAAACCCACCCACCUCCAGCCCAGGACUGCACACACAGAAGAACUGGGGCUCAAUGCCACUCCCUAGCCCGAAACUGCAACUGUAUUCACAGGAAUCAGUGUCAGAGGGAUUGGUAAAUUUGUUGAGAACCGAGUCCAAGGCCGACAAGGGACGCCGAGAAUCGGCUUUUCAAGGCCGUUCUUCAAAUAAUGAGGGAGAGACAACCUCAACGGGGUCGCAGAGUUCCCAUAUUCAUGUGCAACACAGCGAGGCCACUGGUCGGGGGCAAGAACACCCAAAUGGGCGUGGACCCGUGGUCAAGAAAAACCCUGGCUCCUCUCCACAGGGUUCUUUACCUGGGCCAUCUCAGUGGAUUUCUGACGAGCAGUGUGCUCAUCUACUUCAAACUUCCCCACAAGAAGUCCUAUUACUAGAUGUUCGCCCAUAUGCCCAUUUUUCCCAGGCCAACAUCAAUGGAUCUUUGAAUCUAUGCAUUCCCACCACUCUUCUCAAGCGCCGCUCCUUCGACACCCAAAAGCUUGCGAACACCUUCACAAAUGACGUCGAUAAGGAGAAAUUUGGCCGCUGGAAAGAAUGCAAAAUAAUCAUCGUCUAUGACGCAGCCACCACCGACGUUAAAGACGCUGCACCGCUCUUGAACGUGAUUAACAAAUUCCAAGCAGAAGAUUGGAAUGGUCAAGGGUUGGUUUUGCAAGAUGGCUUCAAGGGGUUUUCGGGUCGGUUUCCUCGCUUGAUCCACCGGCCACAAUUACGGACAGAAGUAUCCCCUCAGAAGCGUUCUCCAAUGAGCCUUGAUAUUCACUCUAUUGCUCCGGUCGUUGGAGGAUGUGCUCUUCCCGAAUCAUCAUCAGCCGCGAACCCUUUCUUUGGGAACAUCCGUCAGAACAUGGAUCUCAUGGGGGGAGUUGGACAAAUUCCUCUCAAAGUGCCAGAUCAUUUGACCGAAGCCAAAAGACAGAGCCUUCCUGCUUGGUUACGAGAAGCUUCCGAUGUCAAAGAUCAGGGCCGAAUAGUCUCGGAAAGAUUUUUGGGCCUAGAAAAGAGAGAGUUGAACCGCAUGAAGCAAGCGUUGUCUUACGAAGGAAACUCGGCUCCGGCUGGCGGAGCCUCGAAAAAAUAUCGCGUCGCCGGCAUUGAGAAAGGCACCAAAAACCGUUAUAACGAUAUUUAUCCUUUCGACCAUUCCCGGGUUCGGCUAGAAGGGAUCCCGUCGGGUAGCUGUGACUAUGUGAACGCAAAUCACAUUCAGGCAGAGUUUAGCAAUCGACGAUACAUUGCCACCCAAGCCCCCGUCCCCGAUACAUUCAACGACUUUUGGCGCGUAGUAUGGGAACAAGAUGUCCGGCUUAUCGUCUCGUUGACCGCCGAGCUCGAGCGAGGACAGGUGAAAUGUCAUCCGUUCUGGAGGUCUGGAAACUACGGGCCAUUCAAGGUUAAGGCCUACUCGGAGAGAUUCAUUCACGUCGAAUCCAAAGGUCGAUCGAGCGACCCCACGAUAAAGACGCCCUCGAUAUCGGAUGUGCCGCCACAAAGUACCGACGACUCCAAUGAGAAUCCCGUCAUCAUCGUCCGGCACUUCAGCCUCUGUCACACUUCUUUCCCUUUCCAGCCGCUCCGAGAUAUCACACAGCUCCAGUACCCUUACUGGCCUGAUUUCGGGACCACUUCACAACCGAUCCACCUCCUCCAUUUGAUCGAGCAGUGCAAUAAAGUCAUUCGCCACAACAGCAUUCGAGGUUUCGGGAGUCAGGAAGCAGAGCCGAGUGGUGAGAGGCCGAUUCUAGUACACUGCAGUGCUGGGUGUGGUCGCACGGGUACCUUCUGCACGGUUGACAGCGUGCUGGAUAUGCUAAAGCGACAGCGGUCGCAAGUUGCCGGGGCCACAGAUUCUUCUGGAUGGACUCGGGACCCCACUCUAGACCUUAUCACGAAGACCGUUGAGGACUUUCGAACCCAGAGGCCCAGCAUGGUACAGAACCUCAGUCAAUUUGUCCUUUGUUAUGAAAGCGUACUCGAAUGGCUCGUCUCACAGACAGACCGGAGUGGAUGA